AUGGCUGCCCGCACAUUUUCUAGAGUCGCUAGACCAGCUGUACGUCAAUUGACUGCACCAGCACGCAGAACUUUUGUCUCUGCUGUCAAUGCCUCAGUCAGACCUUCUGCUGCUCGUGCUGUUGUUGGCGCAUCUCAACAAGUCAGAGGUGUAAAGACCAUCGACUUUGCUGGCACAAAGGAGAAGGUUUACGAGAGAGCCGACUGGCCCCUUGAGAGACUCCAGGAAUACUUCAAAAAUGACACAAUGGCCAUCAUUGGUUAUGGUUCCCAAGGACAUGCUCAAUCUUUGAACAUGCGCGAUAACGGUCUUAAGGUUGUGGUCGGUGUUCGAAAGAACGGUCAAUCAUGGAAGGAUGCUCAACAAGAUGGUUGGGUUCCAGGAAAGAACCUUUUCGAGGUUGAUGAGGCUAUCUCAAAGGGUACCAUCAUUAUGAACUUGCUUUCUGAUGCUGCUCAAAGUGAGACCUGGCCAGCAAUUAAGCCCCAGAUCACCAAGGGAAAGACUCUUUACUUCUCCCACGGUUUCUCCCCAGUCUUCAAGGACCAGACCAAGGUCGAUGUCCCAACUGACGUUGAUGUUAUUCUCGUCGCACCAAAGGGAUCUGGACGUACCGUCCGAACUCUCUUCCGUGAGGGUCGUGGAAUCAACUCUUCCAUCGCCGUUUUCCAAGAUGUUACCGGAAAGGCACAAGAGAAGGCCAUCGCUCUCGGUGUUGGUGUUGGAUCUGGAUACCUUUACGAGACCACCUUUGAGAAGGAGGUCUACUCUGAUUUGUACGGAGAGCGUGGUUGUUUGAUGGGUGGUAUCCACGGUAUGUUCCUCGCACAAUACGAGGUUCUCCGUGAGCAAGGUCACAGCCCAAGUGAAGCUUUCAACGAGACUGUUGAGGAGGCUACCCAAUCUUUGUACCCAUUGAUCGGUGCCAACGGUAUGGACUGGAUGUACGAGGCAUGCUCUACCACUGCCCGUCGCGGUGCUAUCGAUUGGUCCGGAAAGUUCAAGGAUGCUUUGAAGCCAGUUUUCAACGACUUGUAUGACUCUGUCAAGACCGGAAAGGAGACUCAAAGAUCGCUUGAGUUUAACUCUCAACCGGAUUACCGUGAGAAGUAUGAGGUUGAGAUGAAGGAGAUUCGUGAAUUGGAGAUCUGGAGAGCAGGAAAGGCUGUCCGUUCUCUUCGUCCCGAAAACAACUAA